CGGCCCCAAAGGCUCCCCAAAUCGGCGCCACACGGUCCACGAGGCCCCCAAGAGGGCUCCAAGACAGCCUCAAGAGACCGCCGAGCAGCACAAGAGAGCUCCAAAACAGCCCGCAAUUUUAACAUAAUGUUGGCAGCGGCUAGAGCCAGGCGCCUGCUACAGCUGUCGCCCACGGGCAUGGCGUUUGAAUUCAGCUCGCCAGAGCUGGCAACCUGACGCCAAAUAGCCCUUGAUGCACGCCAGACCACACCAGGGAAUUGCUGAUCUGGUUUGUAUAUAAAUGUCAGUGCUUGUCCUUCACUUCAGUCUUAGUCCUUGCGGUAUCUACAUCGCAUGGAGGCGUCAAGUCCCUCAUGCUGUCUUGGGAUGCUACAUUGCAUGUGAUGUUUGGCCGCGGCUCAGCUACCCAUGACAUGCCAAGAGGGGCUUGGGACAGCCGAAAUGGGAUCCCAGACGGGCCGCAAAAGGCCCCAAAGGACCCCUCCACGCCUGUCCAAGAGGCCGCUGAGAAGGCCCUCCAAGGGCAAAAAUCAAACCGCCGAGCAGCACAAGAGAGCUCCAAAACAGCCCGCAAUUUUAACAUGAUGUUGGCAGCGGCUAGAGCCAGGCGCCUGCUACAGCUGUCGCCCACGGGCAUGGCGUUUGAAUUCAGCUCGCCAGAGCUGGCAACCUGA